GCAGUCCCAGCUGGGGAGACACCGCCUCCUCCCGCCCGGACCAGAACUGAUGGCGGCUCCGCAGCAGCAGCUCUAACUGCUGGUCCUCUCCUAAACUAACACUACAGUUUACCGGCAGCAGACCUGGGUUGAGAUGUUUGACAAUCCAGAGCAGAGAGCCAAAUUGUCGUCAUCUAUCAGGAGAUAACCAGUCUGCAGAAUGGAGGCACAAGAGGAAUGACAGUCUCUUCGCCCUUGGGUGACGCUCCGACAGUUUACCAAAAUGCACUGGGCCGGUGGAUGUAUUUCGCUGGUGCUGGUGGCGGUCCUUGCCUCCCACACCGCCGGGGCCUUAUCGGUGGAUACGGCUGGAAAUGGCACAGAAAAUAGCAAUGUGACAGAUGGCGGAUUUGUCCCCGUUGCGUUCACAAAAGUGAGUCAGAUAAUUGCCCGUGAGGGGAGCUGCGCACUGAUUGAUUGCAACAUCACUGGAGAGCCGUUCCCCAGCGUUCAGUGGUUCAACUCUCAUGGAAACCUUCUGGACACGACGAACGGUGGGAAGUGGUGGCUGCUGGACAACGGUGUCCUCAACAUCACCAGCAUCGAGUUCGCAGACCGCGGCAAGUACACUUGCAAGGCGUCCAAUGCGUACGGCAGCAUCAACUGCACGGUGACGCUGCGCGUGGUGUUCACCAACGGCGACAUGGGCGUGUACUACAUGGUGGUCUGCCUGGUCACUUUCACCAUCAUCAUGAUCCUGAACAUCACGCGCCUCUGCAUGAUGAGCAGCCACCUGAAGAAGACGGAGAAAGCCAUCAACGAAUUCUUCCGCACCGAGGGCGCGGAGAAGCUGCAGAAGGCCUUCGAGAUCGCCAAGAGGAUCCCCAUCAUCACCUCGGCCAAGACGCUGGAGCUGGCCAAGGUGACGCAGUUCAAGACCAUGGAGUUUGCGCGAUACAUCGAGGAGCUAGCUCGGAGCAUCCCGCUGCCACCGCUCAUCAUGAACUGCCGCACCUUCAUGGAGGAGAUCCUGGAGGUGGUCGGGGUGGAGGAGAUGAGACACACCUUUGUCAGGCAUGUUCCCGAGUGGCGCAGAGAGGCCGUGGGUAGGAUUGCUUCGAUCGGGGCGAGGGAUGUCUUCACUAUCUUGCAGGUGAGAGACAGGGAGCGCAGCGAGUCCCCCACGGCUGACUCGGACAACUCCUCUGUGCACGAGCAGCCGCAGCACAUCGCCAUCCAGGCGUCUGUCCACCCACCGAUCGCAGUGGGAGGUUACUGCAGCAUCGACCUUUCAUCCCAGCCUGAGGCCUCAACAUCUUCACCUCCUCCUUCCUCCCACACACCACUGGCUCUUCCCUCCGUGGAACAGCCCGAAGCUGUAGGAGACAAGACCGCCGAGGAGGAGGAGGAGGCUGCAGAACCCAGGGAAGCGGCUGCAGAACCAGAAGAAGCGGCUGCAGAAUCAGAAGAAGCGGCUGCAGAACCAGAAGAAGCGGCUGCAGAAUCAGAAGAAGCAACUGCAGAACCAGAAGAAGCGGCUGCAGAAUCAGAAGAAGCAGCUGCAGAAUCAGAAGAAGCAACUGCAGAACCAGAAGAGGCGGCUGCGGAACCAAAGGAUGCGGCUGCAGAACCCGAGGAAGCGGCUGCAGAAACCAGGGAAAGCAGGACCCCUCCCAUCCAGGUGUUUUACGAGAGCCAUGUGUGACGAAACAGUGAGGAGUGAUCAUUUAACUCUAUGCAUUUCCACAUGAAGACAAAAAAGGUCAACAAAACAUUGUUUCACAUUUAAAGAACAAUCCCAUUUUUAUUUGUCUUUUCUGAAUUUCUUAAAACUUUUGUAGGCUGAUCCACUGACGAGAAAUCAUAAGCUUUUUAGAUACUUGAACGUUUUCCUCAGUCUGAACUUUCAUGCUUGAAUGUAAAUGGGAUAAGUUAUCAAUAUUACUAAUGUAGUAAGCACAGACUGUACCAGAACAUUUCCUGUGCUGAGUUGGUCAUAGCUCAGAUUAUUCUCUAGGUUAAGUUAGUAGGUCACCUUUUUUUUUUCUGGGUGGGGGGGUAUUCAGUUAUUAGUUUCUUAUAGUGUUACGAUUUUCACAAUUUAGUCCAAAAAUCUGCCUCAAAAGGCUUUCCAUGCUGUUCUCUCCAGACCAUGGAAAGCAAUCCUUCUCCAUCCACGUAAGAGUUGACGUUCAGCUACCGUCAACACCACUCUGCUGUUGUACAGAUGCAUGCUGGACCGGUGAAGAUAUGGAUGAGUUUGUUUAUAAUGUCAUGAUUGUACAGCCUUUCAGUACCAGAUGAGCAGGCCAGUGAUGUGGGUCAGUUUCUCCUGAUCAGACUCCUCUAGGUGCAGUUUGUAGCCAUUUCCUUUGAAAUAAUUUUAAGAGUAUUAUAUUAUUAUUAUUACCCAGAGUGGUGUGACUUUGUUUUCAUUUUAUUAGUAAUUUUUUCUUUAGUCUUCUCUGAUUCUUCAGUAGAAAAGAGAAGCUCCUUUUUUCUGUCAUAACGAUAUAAAGAUUUAAAAUCCGACUCCUGAUCUGAACUCAGCGUUGUCUUGCUUCUGCAGAGGCUUUACAAAGUUGCAUUUCUGCCUGCAUGUAUAAGUGGAGAUGCUGAACCUUUUGCUCUGGGAAUAAGGACUUGUUGCAUUUCUUCCUUCGCUUGGCUAAAAGUCUCGUCUGUGGCGAAGAUGAGCUGGACACUGCUCUGCUUUUACUGGUGCUCUUGACAUGCCUCUUUUGUAGUGAAAUAAAAUAAAAUUGCUGUGCUUUAAGAAAAAAACUGUUGUACGUUUUCUUU